UCUAAUUGCUGCUCUCAUUUUUGGUACCAAAAAAAAAAAAAAGAAGAAAAAAAAGCUUGAGGUUUUCAUUUUCUCACGUAGUUUCGAUACCUCUUUCUCUCUCUAAAAUCUCUCUCUCUCUUCCUAGAACUCCCUAAUUUCUCUGUAACUGCCUUGGUUCGUGGACGAGGAGAUUAGGGUUUUAUUUUAUUUUAUUUUUCUUCUUGAAUGGUAAGAAGUAGAUGAGGGGUAAAGGUGUGUUAAAAGAAAAUUCUAAACUAAGAACUUGUUCUGGGAAGAAAACAGUAAAAAGUGGUCAGGUUAACGGAAAUUCUGGGAAUGCCAUUGUCAUUGAUCUUGACAGUGAUAAUGUUUUUACCAUCGAUGGAACAGACAGUUUACAAGAGAAAUUUCGAGGUUCCAGUUCACUGAGAGAAGGCAAGAAAUUUUCAUUUGAGGGCGUAAUUUACGUUGAUGAUGAUGAUGAAAAUGAUGUGGAUCCUCCAGUCCGUGCUGAAGAUGGUGGAGAUUUGGAUAGUGAUGCAACCUCAAGUAAAAGCCCUUGUUCUGUGUUUAACCACAGGCAGAAUUCUGUAUGCUUAGAUUGUGAUGACUGUCAGGUUGUGCAGGAAAAAACCUCUGCAUUCCAGUUCUCAAAGCACAAGGGAACCUUCUUUGUUAAAUCUCCUAGCAGAAAUCGUUAUGGUUUGGACCCUACAUCCGAUAGUGGUUCAUCAGAUAGUGAUUUUUCUGAUUGUGAGAUAAUUGAAGAUUCUCUUGGGAAGUUUCGUGAACAGUGGGAAAAAGCUUACCAAAAGAAAAAACAUGUUGUAAAUUGCCAAUCUGGUUUAGAGGAUCAGGCUAGUGCUUCUGGGUCCAAUAGUGAGUCUCCUGCAAGUGGUGAGGAAGAGAAUAGGAGAGGACAACAUGGGGAGGCCCCUGUCUGUUCUACCUCAAGUAGUGUGGACUAUGGAAAGGAAAACUUGUCUGAGUAUAUGGAAACUGAUCCAGUUUACAUGAAGAGUACUCCUCACAGUCCUCGAAUGGACAAUUUUUUUGUUGAUUCCAAUCAGAAAUUUGAGCAGGAAACUUUUACGCAUGUAAAUCACAGGUCAGCAAAGGAAAAGGAAGAUAAUGAGCAGAACUUUGGGAAAGGACUGCACUCUUGUGAUUCGUAUCCUAGAUCUAACAACUUUGAUAAGAGAAACACUAGCUUUCAGGAUGAAGGGGAUGAUGAUGAAUCUUUUGAGGUACCUACUUUUAACAUAUCUUCUCCAAUUGAAAAUGAAAAACAAGCUAGUUCAGUGGAUAAGGAGAAACUAGAUCAUGGACAACCAUUUAUGUCAAACUCUAGAACAUCUGAUGACGCCCAGGUUGGUAAUAUAUUUUCACCAAAUGAAAAUGAACACCAAACUGUUGCAAUGGAUAAGGAGAAACUAGAUAAUGGACAACUGUAUGAAGCGCAGUUUGGUGAUAUAUCUUCAGCAAAUGAAAAGGAAAAUCGAACUAGUGCAAUGGGUAAGGAGAAACUAGAUGAUGGGCAACUGUAUGAAGCACAGGUUGAUGAUGUAUCUUGUUCUGAUGAUAGAGUAGGUGUUCCUGAAGAAGUUUUUCUCCACAGCUCCUUAUCUGAAGGCAAGUCAGAAGUCAGUAGUGAAAAAGCUUGUUAUCAAGGAGAAGUGAGACAGGAUUCUAAGGAAGUAACUUCCUGCAAUAAUACAUGCAAUGAGACACUGCUUAAUGAGGAACCAUGUAGGGUUGAAGCUAGGGAAUCAUGUGACAUAGGGGAUUCUGGACACGCUCAAGAUGGUCAUGCAACCCUUGUUAGUUCACGGGAAAAGCUCAAGGAGACUGAUGAAUACAAGCGAGCAACAGAAGAAGAAUGGGCAUCCAGGCAGCGAGAGUUGCGAAUUCAGUCAGAAGAGGCAAAGAGAUUGCGCAAGAGAAAAAAAGCUGAUUUAUUGCGUUUAGAAGACAUGCAGAGAAGGCAAAAGCAACGUGUGGAAGAAGUCAGAGAGACUCAAAAGAAGGAUGAAGAAAAUUUGAAUCUGAAAGAGCAACUUCGUGGAGAAAUAAGGAAGGAGCUUGACAGAUUGGAAAUGACAUGCAUUGAUAUGACAUCCUUGCUUCGUGGCUUAGGAAUCCAAGUCGGGAGUAGCUUUCUGCCUAAGUCACAUGAGGUCCGUGCAGCUUAUAAACGAGCUGUGCUUAAAUUUCACCCAGACCGGGCAUCAAGAAGUGAUAUUCGCCAGCAGGUUGAAGCUGAGGAAAAAUUUAAGCUUAUUUCUCGCAUGAGGGAGAAAUUUUUAUCUUCUUCAUGUUGUUGAUCGCUAACAGAGACUUAAUUCUUUCGAAUUCACUGAUUUUCCUGUUAGUACUGAUAUAUAAUGUUUUGUGCGACUGCUAUUCCCCUAGAGCUUCAAGUUCGUUUACUGUAUCCGGUUAACAAUUUUUUGAGCAACAUAAACAGUUUAUACUAUAGAGCAUUUGUAAUUCCCUGUACUUAGUGAAGAAAAUUCUCUUUUCCUUACUAUUUAAGUCUUACAAGGAACAAUAACAAUAGGGUUUUUGAAGAUGAUGGCUUGUGAUGGAUACAUAUAUAUAUAUAUACAUAAUGUAUAUUUUUCUUUC